GAUCCCUUAAGUUCCUUCAUUUACAAAUUGAUGAGUAGCACAUAAUCUCUGAAAGGAGUAAAUAACCAACACACAGAUAGAAAACCAAGGGUGUCAAAAGAUAAUUCUUUCAAGAGUUGCAUGCACAUCUGUUUCAGCAGGCUGCCAAGCCAAUCGUUUGACCCUUCGAGAAAGCAGCAUAAUAUCAAACACAAGGCCACGUCCAACAGUUAAGAAGGAAAGUCUGCAGAUCUCACCUUCCAAGUUGCUGCAUGUCAGAUAUGAAGAUGCCUAUCUUUUUUAGCAUGUCACAUGCAAAUCCUGUCCUUUUGUUUGCCUUCAACAAAAAAAUCUCUCAACAGGUACUUUAUACAGCCCGCUCCAGCAUUCCUCUGCAUUGGCAAGUGGAAGACGGUGUAAAACAUCAAUACAGAGCUCUCGUAGGAGCAAAGAAGGAAAAUUUCUGGCUGGUCUGGCGCCUGGAGCCACCGAGACAAGAUCUGCUCCUGAAUCCCAUCACAACCGGAGCCAGCACAGAUUUGUAUCACCCCCUCACAGCAACGUUUUGAUGGCAAUC